AUGAAAAAAGCAUUAAUUACGGGUAUAAAUGGUCAAGAUGGAUCAUAUUUAUCGGAAUUUCUUUUAGAAAAAGGUUAUGAAGUUCAUGGAACAUUAAAAAGAAAUUCAGUAUCCGAAAAUCAAACAUCAAGAUUAGAUAAUGUGUUUGAUAAAAUAAAAUUUCAUUAUGCCGACUUAACUGAUCUUUCAUCACUAAUACGAAUAAUUAGUGAAAUAAAUCCUGAUGAAAUAUAUAAUUUAGCGGCACAAUCUCAUGUUAGAAUAUCUUUUGAUCAACCGAUAUAUACCGCAAAUGUAACUGGUUUAGGUACAUUAAAUAUUUUAGAGGCGGUUAAAUUAAUUAACCCAUCGAUUAAAAUUUACCAAGCAUCUUCAUCAGAAAUGUUUGGUAACAAUAUUGAUGAAGAUGGAUACCAAAGAGAAACAACACCAAUGAACCCCGUAUCACCAUACGGAUGUGCUAAAGUUUUUAGUUAUAACAUAUCUCGUAAUUAUAGAAAUUCAUAUAAUAUGUUUGUUUCUAAUGGAAUAUUAUUUAACCAUGAAUCCCCAAGAAGAGGAACAAAUUUUGUUACUAACAAAGUUUGUAAAGAAGCGGUAAAAAUUAAAUUAGGUUUAAGUAAUGAACUUAAAUUAGGUAAUUUAGACGCUACAAGAGAUUGGGGACACGCUAAGGACUAUGUUGAAGCAAUGUGGUUAAUUUUACAGGAAGACUCCCCAGGAGACUUUGUCUGUUCUACAGGUAUAUCUCAUUCAGUUAAGGAUUUAGUUGAAUAUGUUUUUAAUAAACUAGAAUUAGAUUGGACAAAAUAUGUUAAACAGGAUGAAAAAUUUUAUAGACCUGAAGAGCUCAACGACCUUAAAGGAGACUCAAAAAAAUUAAGAGAAUUAACUAAUUGGUUACCAAAAUAUACAUUUAAAACCAUGUUGGAUGAAAUGGAAGAGUAUUAUAACCUUCUUAAAGAAAAUGAAAUUACAAUUUGUUCAGGUCCAGCAGGGGUUGGUAAAAGUUACAUCUCAAUGAAAGCGGCGGUGGAUUUAUUAAUGGAUCCAAACAAUGGUUAUGAAAAAUUAAUUAUUGUUAGACCUGCAGUUGAAGCGGAAGAGAAGUUAGGUUCUUUACCUGGAAAUCUUGAGGAGAAAUUGGAUCCGUAUAUAUUCCCUUCUUACUAUCUUUUGAAUAAAAUCAUCGGUAAAGAGGCAAGAGAAGAGUUAAAAAAAGCAGACAUUAUUGAGGUAUUUGCCUUGGCUUAUAUGAGAGGUAUGAAUAUUGACAAUUCAAUUUUGAUAUUUGAAGAAUCACAAAACUCAACACCAAAUCAAAUGAAACUAUUACUUACAAGAAUUGGUUUUAAUAGAGAUUUAGAACAAACAGACAGAUAUAAAGAUAAAACACAAUCAGGACUAUACGACGCAUUACAACGAUUUAAAAAUGUUAAUAACAUUGGUGUUUAUGAUUUUAGAAAUGCUAAAAAUGUUAGAAACCCAUUAAUUAGUAAAAUUUUGGAU